AUGCCGCCACCAUCUCAUCAAAAACAGCGUGAUAUCAAGCGUGUCGUGUCGCGCGGGCUGAAUGGUAAGGAGGACAGUUUGUACCUCAAGUGGAGUGUGGUGAUGAAUCCAAGCGAGCUCCUACAAGAGCUUGUUGGCAACCGUGAGCAUGCUCGAGCUCUCUUUCAUGGAUUGAGGCGCCAGGUCAAAUCAAUCCGCCACCGCUCGCAGUCCUACGAUGAUGGUCAGGUCACGAUCUACGACCGCGUUCUCCUUCGUCUCUAUGAUGAGGGACACACCAUGCAACACUACGGUCUGUUUGAAUUCUACCUGGCUGAGUAUCUGGAAAUCAAGAAUUGUCGCUCAGAGGAUGAGAGCAAUGCUGUCAUUGCUGCCCAUUUUGCUGCCCAGCGCAUUCUGGAUAAUGGCCCUAUCCCCGAAAUACUGACCAUUGGAGCCGAUUCUGUAGAAGAUGCCACCGAAGAUACCAAGACUAGCAAGUCACCACAGAGCUCUGGCGCAUCCAAGUCACACCAUAUCGACCAGCUCAUCCGAGUGUACCAGAAGGCCAAGGCUGACUACUACAUCCUUGAAGUCACCGAGAGCCACCGCGAGCGAACCAACAGCGUCAGAUUCCUCCGUGACACCGCCGAGAACCUCCUACGAUAUCUGAAGUCAGUCGACAAAGACAACGAUCUGAUUCCCGAAAUCGAGGACAUCAUCCAGGUCAGCCAGGCACAUGCAAACCAGCUUGCCGGCGGUCGCAAGCGCAAGUUCGAGCACACAGAUAGUGAAUCAAGGGGCAGCCCAAGCCUCAGCCCCUACCGACCUUAUGGAUAUUACGGGGACCACCGCGCAGGAUACAACAAUUGGGACCGAUAUGUUCCGGAAAGUGACACAUGGGAUCAUAGCCACAAGGGUGCUUGGGACCAUAGCCACGUCAGCAGAAGAAUUGGAUGGGAUAGCCGUACCUUUGACUCCUACCGUCCUUCUUAG